AUGGUCUCAGUAAGAAAAAGAAAGAUGGCUAGGUCAUCUGUUAAAAAGAAUACUAGAAGAACCAAGGACAAGCAACGUAACAUCAAUGUAUACUCAAAUCCUAUAAUUGCAAAGAAUUGGGACAAGUCAUUAACUUUACAACAAAAUUACAAACGCUUGGGUUUGAGAGCCAAGUUGGGUCAUAUGGCAGGAGGUGUUGAAAAAAAGGUAGAGAGCUUGACUGAGUUAAGGAAUAAAAAAAAGAACAAGGACAAAGAUGACAUUGUCACUAUUGAUAAAAUUGAACACACGGAUGACCCUUCCAAAAUACCGGAGGGUGAAGCCAGAAUUAUAAGGGACCCAGAAACAAAUGAAGUUUUGAAGGUCAUAUACGGUACCAUGAAAGCUGAGGAUGAGGAAAGCGAUGAAGAUAAAGUCGAUAAUUCUGUAAUAAAACAACUAGAGGAAUAUGCCGAGCAACACAGCAAAGUGAAAAAAGAGAGGCAUCUUUCUGAUAGGGAAAGCGAUUGGUUGAAAUCACUAUAUGAAAAAUACGGUGACGAUUAUGAGAAAAUGAAGUGGGACAAGAAGUUGAAUAUUUAUCAACAAUCAGCUGGAGAUUUAAAGAGAAGGAUCAACAAAUGGAAGAAAGGAAAUGGUUUAUAA